AUGUUAGGAAACGAUCUUGAUUUUUACCAGGGAAUGCCUAACCAAAAUCAACCUUAUAACACUAAUAACAACUAUAACCCACAGGCAAACAAUGCAUAUAACCCACAAAUGCAGAAUACUUAUGCCCCUCCACCACCAACAUUUUCUCAACACAGAAAUAUUUUAGAAAAGGCAUCCAUUAUUCAUGGUGGCUUUCCAGGAGAACCAUCUUUAUUCGAAGAACUUGGCCUCCACACUACUGAUAUCAAGAAAAAUCUUCGUCAAUUACUUUUCCCAAACAAAUAUCCAAAACCAAUUGAUCAAAACUAUUUAGCUUCCAUCUUUAUGAUUAUCAUUUAUGCAUUCAGCUUACUAUUCUUCAAAGGUCCUAAAUUUGGCUCAGUUUAUAUUGUCACAGUACUUGGACUUAUUGUAUUAUAUUUCAUCUUCCAGAAUAUUUCUAAGGCAUAUGCUGAGAAAGAAAUCGUCACAUUAUCAAUUGUUUUUACAGCUAUGUCAUAUUGCGUGUUGCCACUUAUCCCAAUCGCCGUAAUUUCAUCUCUUUUCCGCUUUUCAUUAGUUGGUAAGGUUAUAACAGCUAUUCCGUUUGUUGGUUGGGCAACAUAUUGCGCAACAAGAUAUUUAUCACAAUAUUACCAGAAUUUUGCAAAGGAAUUGAUUGCUCCACCUUUCUUUAUCUUCUACUAUUACAUGUUUUUCAUUCCUCUCCUUUAA